AAGCAUCUAAUUUUUAUUUUUUAGGUAACUAAAAUUAGCAUUCGGUCGAUUACACACGGUCUCAUUACUAUUCAUGCGCAUAUCAUACCUACCUUUCUUAUGGAAUUCCCGCCACUUCUGUACUAACAUCUCAACUAAAAAUCUGAACGCCACAAUCAACUGUUACAUUCGUGACAGGAAUGUACAUGAUGCUCGCAAACUGUUUGACCAGAAUCAUAUUACCCGGAAUGUGGUGUCCUGGAAUUCAAUGAUCAGUGGUUAUGUCAAGACCAACCAAAUUUCGAAAGCUCAAGAACUGUUUGAUGAGAUGCCUGUGAGAGACAUUGUUUCUUUGAACACCAUGUUAUCGGGUUUUCACAAGGCUGGAAACUCGGAAAAGAUAUAUACACUUUUCUUGGAAAUGUUUAGAGGUGGGCUUAGGCCGACUGAGUUCACCUUCUCGACGGUUGUUAGCGCGUUGGUAGGUACAAGAUUGAGUGUUUUGAUUACACAGCUUCAUGGUCUUACAAUUUCCUCUGCUUUUAAUUUGGAUAUUUAUGUUGGGUCAGCAUUGAUGAGGGCUUACACUGAUUUCAGGGAUGUUGAUGAUAUGUGUCGAGUGUUUGAUGAGAUAUCGUUGAAAGAGGUGUCUGCUUGGAAUGCUUUGAUUUUGGGGUUUAUGGACAUGGGGCUGAUUAAUGAAUCUCAGAGAGCAUUUGACGUGAUGCCUGUAAAAAAUGUUGUUUCAUGGACGACUUUGGUUAAUGGUUAUAUUAACAAUGGGAGAAUUGAUGAAGCUCGGUUUAAAUUUGAUAUGAUGACUGAAAGAAAUGUGUUCUCGUGGACUGCAAUGAUAAAAGGAUAUGUGCAAUAUGGGAAGUUUUUUGAUGCUUUUGAGUUGUUUAUCUCAAUGCUGAGAUUAGGGCCUUAUCCGAAUCAUUUUACAUUUUCUAGUGUAUUAGAGGCUUGUGCAGUUAGCUCGUCUCUUAUGUUAGGAAAUCAAGUGCACUCGUGUAUUAUAAAAUCUGGAACCCCUCGUGAUGUCAUUUUGUUGACAUCCCUUGUUGAUAUGUACGCAAAAUGUGGGGACAUUGAGGCAGCAAACCGCAUUUUUGUAUCAAUGCCAAAAAAGAAUGUUGCAUCAUGGAACUCGAUCAUUGGAGGUUAUGCAAGGCAUGGGUUUGCAACUAGGGCACUGCAGGAAUUUGAGAGUAUGAUAAGUGUAGGUGUCAAACCUGAUAAGAUUACCUUUAUUAAUAUUAUUUCAGCAUGUGGACACGGUGGACUAGUUGAAGAGGGUGAACGGCAAUUUGCAGAUAUGGAUAUGAAGUAUGGAAUCCAAGCGGAAAAGGAGCACUAUGCUUGCAUGGUGGAUCUAUUUGGGAAAGCUGGCCAGCUAGAAAAAGCAGAAAAGCUGAUUAAUGAAAUGCCUUUUGAACCUGAUGUGGUUGUAUGGGGUGCAUUGAUUGGGGCAUGUGGAUUGUAUUCAUGCUUGGAACUCGGGGAGUUGGCUGCAAAAGAACUUGACAGUUUAGAACACAACCAUCCUGCUAUUUAUUCAAUGCUUUCAAAGAUACACGGUGAUAAGGAUGUUUGGGACAGUGUUAAGCUUUCUAGGAAGCAAAAGGCAGUAAGCUGGAUAGAGUCAUCGUGUACAAUAUGAUGAGACUGGAAUAUUCUUACCACACAGGCGUAAAGUGAGAACCCUAACUGAUGGACAUUCUGAAUUGAUCUCAGCAAACUCACCCCUGCAAGCUAAAGUUUUGGCUAUUGAAGAGGCAUCUUCCCUUUCUUAUCAGUUAUCAACGUCAAUCCUUGUUUGCUCAUAGUGACAAUCACAAUUUUUAAAUCAACGCGAGCUCCUCCUUGGCAUUGAUGUUGCAGACAUAGACAUUAACUUCCUUAAUAUAUGCUUCUACAGUUAUACUAUAUUCAUAAAACUCAUGCGCAUUGGUUAGCUACAUUGGCUCGCUUCAUGUCAUUGACAGCUAAGUGGGUGGCUUGUCCACCUUUUAUUUAUCCUCCGCCUUGAGGUGUGAUUUGAAUGAA